CGCCGGCACCUUCACCCACUUCCGCUCUCCCGCUUCCGCCGAGAUCUCGCGCGAUUUUCGGGGCGGGCGCUGCCACGUCGGGGCCGAAGCGGCGGGAGCGGAGCGGGCGCACGGAUCCCUUGGUGACCCGUCCCCGGUGCGAUGGCGGUGAGGACAGGCGGCGCUGCCAUCGCCGUCGUGCUGGCGCUCUGCCUGCUGCCCGCGCCCCGGGCCGCCCAAGAGGACCUCCACCAUGGCCACCAGGACCUUCACCAUGGCCACCACGCUCAUGAGGACCUCUACCACGGCCACUUGCACGAGGAUCUCCAUCACGGCCACUCGCACGAGGACCUCUACCGUGGCCAUGAAGACCUCCACCAUGGCCAUUCACACAAGGACGCCCACCAUGGCCACUCCCAUGAGGACUUUCACCAUGGCCACUCGCACAAGGACCUCUACCAUGGCCACCAAGACCUCUACCAUGGCCAUCAAGACCUCUACCAUGGCCAUGAAGACCUCCACCAUGGCCAUUCGCACAAGGACGCCCACCAUGGCCACUCCCAUGAAGACCUCCACCAUGGCCACUCCCACGAAGACCUUCCCCAUGGCCACCACGACCUCCACCAUGGCCACCACGACCUCCCCCAUGGCCACCGCGACCUUCCCCGCCCGUCUCCUUCUCCUCCGCGCACGGACACGUUGACGCUGUGGUUGCACACGCUGGCGGCCACGGCGGUGAUCAGCGCGGCGCCGUACCUCGUGCUCUUCCUCAUCCCGGUGGAAUCCAACGCUCCGCGGCAUCAGGCGCUCCUCAAGUUGCUCCUCAGCUUCGCGGCCGGAGCUCUGUUGGGUGACGCCUUCCUCCAUCUCAUCCCUCACGCUUUGGCGCCCCACGGCGAUGGGGGCCACCAGGAGGGCGGAAGUGGCCACCGGGAGGAAGGAGGAGGUCAUGGACACUCGCAUGGUGAGGAGCACGCGAGGACGUUGGCGGUGGGGACGUGGGUCCUGGCCGGGAUUGUCACCUUCCUGGCGCUGGAGAUGGCCGUGCGUCACCUCAAGGGGGGACACGGGCACAGCCACGGAGCGAAGGGCAGGAGCAGCUCGAGCGAGAGCGAGGACAAGGGGGGGCAGCGCAAGAAGGGACGGGGGACCCCCCCCGAGCCGGCGUUGGGGGUUUCGGGGGUCCUGAACGUGGUGGCGGACGCGGCGCACAACUUCACGGACGGAUUGGCGUUGGGGGCGGCGUUUGCUGCCGGACCGGCGUUGGGGACGGUGACAGCCGUGACCGUCCUCCUCCACGAACUGCCCCACGAGAUCGGGGACUUCGCCAUCUUGGUCCAGGCCGGCUGCUCCAAGCGCCAGGCCAUGCGGCUGCAGCUGGUGACGGCUCUGGGGGCGGUGGCCGGCGCUUGUUGCUCUUUGGUAGCCGAAGGGAUCGGUUCGGUAGCCACGCGGCGAGUUCUGCCCUUCACGGCCGGUGGAUUCGUUUACGUGGCCGCCGUUUCCGUGAUUCCCGAAGUCCUCCGCGACGCCGGUCCCGGCCACGCCGCUCGCCGCCUGCUGGCCCUGCUAGCCGGGCUGGCCAUGAUGGUAGCCAUCGCCCACCUGGAGUAGCCACCGAGGGACU